AGUACAGAUAACCCGUUUGUAUCAAUAAAAAAAAAACUUGUUUUUAACAACAAAAAAAACACAAACAUGGCAAACCGAUCGUCAAAUAUUUCAUCUGCAAAAAAAUCAGAUAUAAUUAAUUCGUCAAAUUCAUCGUUGAAUAGUUCAUCAACAUCAACAAGUGAUAUAAAAUCAUUGCAGCUAAAAAAAUUGAUUGGUAAAGUUAAACAAUCAAAAAUAAUAUUUGUUGGUACAUAUACUGAAAGAAGAUUGGUCCAACGAGUUACAUCAGAAUACAGAGACAUUGUUGUUGUCAACAAAGAAGAAGAAGAUUUGAUAGCAUGUUUGAAAAAGAUUCAAAGAGUUAUUCAUGAAGAAUUUGGUGAUGAAAAAUGGCUUGGAAUAACAUGCAAUCAAGUUGAAGGUGAAUCACUUGAUUACAAUCUUUGGGUUGAGUUGGACAAGGUACCAUUUGGUAAACAUUGGUUCCAAAUGAAAUCAUUAAAAAUCAAGGACAAUACUGUUCAAUUACAAUUAAAAUAUUUAAGAUCAUUUCAAGCUACAGACAGAGAAUAUUUACAUGAUGAUAAUCAACCGACAUUUGAUUUAAAUAAAAUACUUACGUAUAAUAACAUGUGUGAAGCUAUUAAAUUCACAGCAGUACUUGUGAUGAGUAUAAUAACUUUGUCAGGUCAUGUAUUAUGGCACACAAGUAAUUACAGUAUAAAAAUAACACGUGAAUUGUCAAAUUUAAUUAGAGCAUUGACACCAGUUAUAUUUGGAUUUUAUGAAUUAUUAUCAAAAUGCAUUGGUGGAAUUUAUUGGCUAAUCUACAUGUUGUUUCAAGGCAAUUCAAGGGGUCCAAUCAUGCCACCACCAAUGGCUAUUAUGCCAAACAACAAACAAAGAUCAUAUAAUCAUCAAAAUUAUUAUCGAUAA